GAAUCAGGAUGAUCUCUGACGUACAACUCGCCAUAUUCGCCAACAUGCUGGGGGUCUCCCUCUUCCUACUGGUGGUCCUGUAUCACUAUGUGUCUGUCAAUAACCCCAAGAAACUCGACUGAGCCCACUCUGCUCCCCAAUACUAUUAGCACCCAUGCUGGAUGAAGCCACUGGCGAGGAAGAUACACACCAUGAUGAUGAGGAGGAGGAGGAGGAGGAGGAGUGUCUGUACAUUCCCUGGUGUUGUACAUAAUGUUUUCUAAAUAAAAUGAUUCUGCUGAGAAA